GUUUUAUAUAUUCAAUAUGGCGGCCGCGGUGCGGUAUCAAUUUUUGUUAUAUUUUGUGUUUAUUAGGAGCGUGUUUUCAUCAUUAAAAGUUGUAACAAGCAACGUUGGACUUGCUGGAAACAGUUUGGGAUCUCUAGCUGCAUUUGGUGAUUUUAAUGCUGAUAAAAAGGCCGAUUUGUUUUUCAUAAAUAAUGCGAAAGGUGAGCAACCUUGCAUGAAAAUAUGAUGAAAUGUUAUAAAAAUUUAGAUUUUGCAUACACUGAAUUUACUAACUAAUUUAUAAGACUACACUAGAGUUCCAACGUUAAAGAUUCAUCCGUUCUGAUUAUUCAUUGAUUUACUACAGAACUUUCUGCAAUGUAUCUGAAUCUAUAGACUGAAUGGAAAGUUUGGAAAUGUGUACCUGAGGUUUAGAAAAAUGAAUAGUAAACAUAUCGAAAACUUCUAUAUUGCACACCCGAUAUCUCGGUUGCACAAUGCAAACUUUCCACACUAGCCAUCAAAGGCCAGCAUUUGCCAUGGAUGCGGAAACCAGAGAAAACCAUGGUUUCCAGGAAAGAUCUUGUGUUAGAAUCCAGGGAUGACCCAGUAGGAUAUUGGUUGCAUCCACGGUGAUACACAUAUUUUAUGGAUUAGUGUAAUCCGGGGUAAUCUGCCCCCCCCAUAGUGGUAGGGCAUUUAACCCGUCUCCUCCCUGAGAUGUGGGCAGUGGUAGGCAAUUAGCACUGUCACUAUAAAAAAUAUUUGAUACCUUUUUUCAGAACGCGGUAUCAAUUUCCCGUGCGUAACACAAAAUGACUGAAAAGUGGCAAACUUUGCAGGGCUAUAUAAUCCGCAUUUUACAACAUUUUGCAACAAAACUUCGGAAUAUUACUAGAUUUUGUCUAGACUUGUCUAGAUCAAAAUUUUGUUCAUUAGGUAAUAGGUCCAUUGUGAUGCUUAUGCCCUACUUUAUUAUUUUACUCUGUCUAACGCCAGACGAGUUUACUCGUCAAGGCAAGAGCAGUGGCACUCAAUGGUCAACAGUUUUAUGUGUCAAUAUUACAAUCUUUAUUAUUACAAAUAGAUAAGAGUAAAGUGGAUGUUUAUCUUUGGGAUUCAAAAGAGUUUGAGAUGUCACAGGCCACCAUAACUCUUGAGUGAGUGAUAUAUGUUGAUAAAUUUACAUUCAGAUUAACUAGACAGUUGCGAUAUAUUGAUAUUUUCGAUAAAUAUCGAUAUUUCAAAAAUAUCGAUAUUCGAUAUUCAAUUUUUCACAUAUCGAAAAUAUCGAAAACUGUAACUAAACAACUUAAUCAUAGAAUAUAUAAUCGACCAGAAGUCUCACUGUACACCUUUCCUUAACAUUUUCGUGUCCGCGAUUUUCGCCUUGCGGAUCACGAAUUUCGCACGCUAGAUGACGUGUGUGACACUUGCUGCGAACAUCACGUCAGCGUUCGUCAGCAAAACGGUUAAAACAGCAAUCUUUAUUACCUUGUAAUGGCAAUUGAUGGCGUAAUUGCUCGCGUUUUAUGGCGUGGAUUACACUUGCUGGCUCGCGCCUGCGCAUAAAAAAUCUCGGACAUAAUUUUGGCUGAGUGAGGCUUCUGGUCUUAUUUUCUAUUCUGUGACUUAAUCUCCGAUUAUUUAGCAAUUAUUGUUUUCAUUGGUGAAGUUUAGACAACGUGUGUGUGGCGGCAAUUGCGAAUUUAUGAUACAAGUGCGUGGGCAAUUGAAAUUAAAAGCUGAGUUGGAGAUGACAGAUAAACCAUUGUUAAUAGAUCUUUGAGACGUACCAUGACUGGUUUCAUGCACUUCUUUUUAACUGUUUGUGAUGCGUAUACAUGCAAGUUGACUAAAUUACGUUUUCUCAUUUGCAUAAUUCGAUAUAGUCGAUAUUUUUUUUUUAUAUCGAUAUAUCGAUUUUUUUCAAUAUUGCAGCUGCCUAAGAUUAUUAACAAUUGUCAAAGCUUUAGAUUAUUGGGUAACAAGGUUCUUUAAAAUUCAUCUCUUACAUUGAAUUUUUUAUGCUUACUAAUGAUUAUAGUUGUGUAAAAAUCAGUGGCCGAUUGUACAAAGGUCAAUAGCACCAUUCACCAGAUAUUGAAUUUUUCAACUUUUUUAAAAUUGGCUGUUGAUUGGUAUUCCUGUAGUCUCCCACGCAGAGGUUCUUAUAGCUCUAAUCCUUGAAGAACGUCUGGGAGGGAGAUUAAGUUUCUUUUAAUACUAAUUGUCAGGCCCAUAUCCAUAGUUUUAUACCAUAGCUUUUCGAGUGUUUGUGGCAAAGGUUAAAAAAUCACUAUCUGAUGGAUUUUAGCUCAGUGAGCCUUCAUUCAACCUGCCCCAGAACAUAGCCAAAAUCUGGAACUGACAUUGUUGGGUUUUUUUGGGGGUGGGGAUGUCACCCUGUAUAUUUCUCAUUCCUAAAUCCAAACCUUCUGUUCAAACAGGAAAGUUAUUAUAACAAACGUUAUCCCAGGAGACUUCAAUAGUGAUGGACAUCUUGAUGCACUGUUGUCUUAUUACAACAAGACAUUACCUCUUUACCAACAUCAAACAUUUGUGAAACUAUUCCUUGGGAUAGAUAGUCACUUUGGUAUGAACAUAUAGAUAUAGUGGAGAGAUUACAGAAUCAAACUACAUGAAAAAUAUAACAACAACUUUGAUGUACUGAAAACCAUAGACUGACCGAUGUUCUCUGGUUAUAAUAUGUAUUUUUUAGACGUUUUCGACUGUCAGUCUACAGUCUUCAAUGGGUACUAGACAGUUAAAAGCUUGUAAAAAAUAAAUAUUAUAUUUAUAACGAGAGAACGUCUAUAGUUUUCAAUAUGAGUAAUCCUCGUUUUGCACCAAACAAAUUAAAAUUUUGAUGCUUCGAAUGAAGGCCUUGGUCUGGAAGUUAAUUUUAUUAGUAUGGUCACUGCCUUUGGAAAUCUGUGGAUUAAUAGGGAUAUACCUGAAAUGCAAGGAGAACUUUGAUGUUCCGAACGAAGGUGCUUUGUCGGGAAGUUGGCUCCUAACUAACAUCCUGACAAAGAAUCUCCUUGUAUUUUUUCAGGUAGUUGUAUCACUAUCUUUGAAACGUUAAAGUUUUUGGUAUAGUUUCAAUAGUUUGAUCUUGUGAUCCUUCUAGAGUUCAUAGCUACAGUAGCUAUAUGUACGUUGGAAAUCAGCCCUAAAUGGUCUGACUCAGGUUGGCAUAUCUUGGUAUUUUUUAUAUCUGGUGCUAGCCCGGAAUUGGAAUUUCAGCUGUCAUCAACUUAUAUGCAACUUGUUUGAAUGGGGUAUAAUGCCAUCCACUAGUUUAUCAUACAUUCCAAGUUUGUGUUUUUCACGAUCAUAUUCCUAAUAUACUCCAGAUGGAAAUCAAGGUUGAAAUUUGUUGAAAUUUGAAGCUUUGCGUUUUUCCUGAUUGUAGUAGGAUGUUAAUAUGAAUUCUACUUGUGCUGAUUAGAGACACAAAUUUAUAUACUUGGUCUAUUUUUUCAGAACUCAACAACAUAAUAGAAUUAGGCGAUGCAUUGACAGAUCAACCAGCUAUUGUGGAGUAAGUUACUACAAAGUGAUAUUGUAGAUGUACAGUAAUACUGUCAUUCUACAUAAUUAUGUGUUUCAUUAGAGAGGUUCAGAUUAGACUUCACUGCUAGGCACAGCUUAUUACAAAUGAUCGAUUUCUCACACCCCUCGUUCAGGUGGCGAGGGUCUGGAUGGGGGUAUUAAGCGCUAAAUGUUUUGGCUUUUUAACACUUUAUUUGGAGCAUUGUAACACUAAAAUGUCAAUUUUGGCAGCUUACUAGUAAAAUGUAAAGUUUUCUCCAACAUCAAACAGUAAAAUUUUAGUUCCUGUACUUCUAAACACUUUAGAAAAAACAGGAAAUAGCACCAAACAAUAAAACUCAUUGGCUAUUUUCCGUUUAGUUUUAAUGGAGAUCUUCAACCCGACUUACUGGCAGACAAGGAGUCUGAUGGGAAACGAUACUGGUGGAGCUAUAGUCGAGAAAAUAAGUACGUGCCUGGAUUACAUUAUCCUAUGGUCAAUGAUAGUAUUAUGAUACACAAAGCUAUUUUUAUUGCAUCAACAGCAAAGAACAUGGCAUUAAAUUAACCUGUACACAUAAAAACACACAAAUUGAUACAGAUUUGCAAAGAAGUUGUAACAAGGUUGUUGUAAAGCAGAUAUAAGGAUGUCUUCGCACUGCUUGUUCCCAGCUGUUGUGACAAGUCUGAAACAAGUUGUUAUCAUUUUGUUGCAAGAUUAAUGACGAUAACAGACUUGCUACAAGUUUUUCCAACUUGUUCCAGACUUGUCAACAACUGGGAACAAGCGCUGCGAACACAUCUUGUUGGCAAGUUGGGAGAUUUUUAUCAGUUCAUGCAACGUUUUGACAUACGUUUUGACACAUGCCAUUCACCCUUCAAACUGUGUUAUAUGUUAUAAAUUUUAGCUCAUUUACAAGUGAGUUGGUUGUAAAUACUACAGACAUGUUGCCAUUGAGCAUACCUCAUUCAUGUGCCUUUCUGGAUAUGAAUGGAGAUUAUACUGCAGGUAUUUAUACCAUCUUUUUUUACCAAAAUCAUACUUACAUGUACCAUAGCUAACUCUUCUUGAACGUUGAAUGUAUAUGACAGUAUAUGAAUUUUAUAUUUUAGACAUGGUGUUAACCACUGAAAAUACAUCUUCUAAAGUAGUGAAAUACGAAGUUUGGCUAAAUACGGUAAUACAACGCGUCCGUUCAGCCAUAUACUUUACAGUAUGUGGCAGUGUUGAAAUGUGCAUAAUAGUAAAGUGUCUUUGAGUGCCUUGUAUACUUACUGUUUUUACUUAAAUCAUAUUUCAAAUAUUUUGCAGGAUGGUGUUUUUACUACAAAUAAACAAGAAAUUUACUCUAAGCCUGAUAGCGCUAUUGUUGUUGGACAGUCUACGUUUGCUGAUAUUGGUAAGAGAGUUUUUGGAACAUUUGGAAGAAACAUUUGGUAAUACUGUAUGACUCAGUAAAUUAAAGCUACGACUCAGCCUACGAGAGGCUAAAAAUGUGUCCAGAUCUCAACAGAUCAUGCAAAUCAUGAUCAUGACAUAAAAGUCCCGUACUUAUAAUAUAAUAUAAUGAAUUUGUCAUUUUGUACUGUACAUGAAACAAACUAAUUAAAGACAAAUAAAGGGGAAAGGAGCAGGUCCCUCGUCCCAAUUGACACCUAACCCCUACUUGUAGAUGAAAAUUAUGGAAGAAACAUAGCAAUGAGGUAAACUUGUCAAAGAUAUUCAAGUCAAUAUACUUUGGUAAUUGGUUCAUAUUGGCCUAUACAAGGGUUCUGACAUUCUCUAGCUGCCUUGCACCCCCUUGAAAUUCUGCUUGUAUGGGGUUAAUGGGAAAGUAAUCAUAGCAUAUUUUUUUUGUUUCAGAUUCAAAUGGAUUUGCUGAUCAUAUUCUGCCUGUUUGUUUUGAUAAGGCUUGUACCAAAAGUGGAAUAUAUGUGAGGACUACAAACACGGUAUGCCACAACACUGCUUGACUGAUUUCUCUCAUAAUUACGAUGUUUAACAUUUCUGCAGUUCAUCUUGUUUUGUUUGUUUCAGUGGAGCCCAAUUUUACGAAGUGAGGACAGUCAGAACUACAAGUGGAAUUUUUUCAAAGGCACUGUUGAAGAUAGCAUUCCAUUGAUGACAAUCCGCAUAGGUAUGGUAUAAACUUAGAAUAGCUUCAAGGUAAUUUCGAGCGUGAUUUUCUUGUAAUUUAAUAAACUGUACAUGCUCGUGGUUUAUAUGCCACAAUAAUUUACGCAUCCAGCUAUCUGGGAUACAUGCAUGUUUUAUCUCAGUUUUAUCUCUCUCAAGAUCUGGUAGAGGGUGGGGGAGUGUUUCAGUUUGAGCUGAGCUGCAAUUACCUUUGUGAUUUUGACCGCAACCAAUUAAAUACAGUACAUGUACAUACAGAAAAUAAUUUAACUUCAGGCGACUAUAACAUGGAUGGAUAUCCAGAUGCUGCUAUGGUCGUUGAGAUUACACAUGAUAAUGAUAAGUAUGUAUUACACUGAGUUCUUUUAAAAAAAACAACUCUUAUCUCUUACAUUAGAGUUUUUAGAGGCGAUAUAUCGAUAUUAUAUACGCCGAAAACAGUUCUUGGAACUUCUUGAAAAUAUACUAGUUUUUAGAAGAAUUAAACAAUUUUGCCCAUAACUGGUUAGGUUUCAUACAUGUAUAAAAAUCACACUCGAAACUUUCCAUCAUCGAUUGUAUUUUCUAGAGGUUCGCCCAAGAGAAGAGUUGUUCUGUUGGAGAAUGUCAAGUGUGGAAGUGGUGCUUCAUGUUAUAAUGGUCGAACGUUUAGCAUGGAUUUAGAUGCGGUAAGUCCGCAAGAAUUUGGAGAUUUGAAUCAUCAUGAGACGUCAGCGAGCGUUUCGUGUCUUCAAUCUUCCUAGAAUUUGAAAAUUGGGUAUUAAAUAUCACGAAAGCUGUUAUAACAUACACAAAGCAUUUCAUUACACCAAGUGGUUUCAUUUUUAGACUCUCUAUUCCAUUGACAGUCCAGUUAUUGUUGGAUUCUUUGAUCUUUAUGAUGACGUAAGUAUCAUGACUUGUGAUUUGACUUGGAGUCGGACCAAAUGACUUGUGAUUUGACUUAGACCUGCAAGAAAUGUCUUUUGAUUUGACUUGAACUCGAACCAAAUGACUUUGUGAAUUGACUUGACCUGCUACUCGUUGUGAAUGAUUUGUGACUUGGACUCGGACCAAAUGACAUGUGACUUGGACUUAUACAAAAUAAGACUCGUUAACAACUUGUCGUUGCCAGCCAAAUAUGCUGACAAAGUGUUGUCUCGUGGCACGAGAAAGGCUAAUUUCUUCCUUUAAUCACAAAUUGUUAUUUUACAUGCAUAUAGGGUACCCUCGACUUAAUGGUUGUCAGUUCAAAUGAUACAGCUAACACAUAUCAGACUCAUGCAAUUCAGAAUGUCAUCUAUUCGGACACUUGUUUCCUCAAAGUCAUGGGUAAGUCACGUGCAUUGAAAGGAUCUGAGCCGAGGCACAGAAUAGAGUCUUUACAGAAGGUCGACUUCUUGAUUUUGGCGUAACCGUUGCAAUGCUAAUGAGAGGCAUUCACUCCCCUGAAAAUAUUCAAAAUGGCAGAACUUCCGGGGGGGUGAAUGCUUCUCAUAAGCGCAUGGCGGCGAUCACGCUUUUUUUGCUGAGUCAGCUUUCUGUAUGGUCUCUAUUCUGUGACCGAGGCCUCGCCUAAGAGGCCAUCAUCAUGGGUAGAAAAACUAGCGGCACAUACGACCAUUGGUUUCAGAAAUGUUUUUAGAAAUAUAGGAAGAAGAAAUUAGCAGAAAGAUUAUUUUUCAUCUUUACAGUUCUUGGAGGUUCUUGCUAUUCAGACUGUCCCAGUGGUGUUACAGUAAGUGAAGACCAGCAUGGCUACAGUUAUCUUAAAAUCUUGAAGCCAUUACCGCCAACGUGCUGCUCGUUACUUCUUAGUUCAUUCCGCUACUGUACAAGCGUAAAAAUGCACAAGUUGUUACAAGUCUGCAAACAAGUUGUUACAAAUCUGUUCACAAGCUGUCGACAAGUUGUGUUCGCACUGCUUGUUCCCAGUUGUUGUAACAAGUUUGAAACAAGGCAACAAGCUGUUAACAAUUUGUAACAAGCUUGAUGGCUUUAUCAGACUUGUUACAAGGUUGUUCUAACGAAUCUGAUACAGUGAUAAUAUAACAAGAAUGUUACAUACAAGGUAGACAACACAAGGUUGUAACAAUUAAUUGCUAUAUCAUGACUGUAUCGGACUUGUUGGAACAACCUUGCAACAAGUCUGAUAAUAUCAACAAGGUUGUUACAAGUUGUUAACAGUUUGUUCCAAACUUGUUGACAACCUGGGACAAGCAGACCGAACACAACUUGUUGACGACUUGUUAGCAGACUUUCUACAAGAUGUGAGAUGUGUGCAUGUGUACACACGUAAAAACGCACAAGUUGUUACAAGUCUGCAAACAAGUUGUUACAAAUCUGUUCACAAGCUGUCGACAAGUUGUGUUCGCACUGCUUGUUCCCAGUUGUUGGAACAAGUUUGGAACAAGCUGUCAACAACUUGUAACAAGCUUGAUGGCAUUAUCAGACUUGUUACAAGGUUAUUCUAACAUGCCAGAUACAGUCAUGAUAUAGCAAGAAUGUGACAAGAUUGAUGACACAAGGUUAUAACAAUAUUGUUAUAUCAUGACUGUAUCGGACUUGUUGGAACAACCUUGCAACAAGUCUGAUAAUAUCAAGAACUUUGUAUUAUCAAUUAGGUAAUAUUACAAGUUGUUAACAGCUUGUUCCAAACUUGAUGGCAACUUGGGACAAGCAGUGCGAAGACAACUUGUUGACGACUUGUUAGCAGACUUGCCACAAGAUGUGAGAUUUUUGCGUGUGUAGGUCGAGGAUAGUGCUUUACUAAAAUCUGCUUACAUUAUCUUUGCCAUGUUGAAUCUCCAGGCAUGUUCAGCACUAAUCACAUUUUUAUACCGAUAUGUUAUCAGUAUACACCCUUUUGAUAAUUACGUCACACAUACUUUUUGGUCCUGCAGCCUCGCUCUCAUCAGUAAAUUACGCAAGGUGAUUGGCUGACGAUUCAUGAGAGCGAGGCUCCCAGGCCAAAUGACGUAAUUAUCGAAAGGGUGUAUUGAAACACCUUUGUAUAUUUUCAGCCUUAUGGAGUUAAUCAAGCUGGUCCGUGUGUGAAAUACGUGACAACGGGUCUACAUGGAAAUACAAAAGUAGCCAGCGGUACGUUCACGUGACCUCAAUACGUAAAAUUCGAAAUCAUGAGUCGGUUGUUCUAACCUGGAUUAGCGCUAACCCUUGUAUUUCUGCACGUCUGUUUAUUUCAAAACUUCAGAGAAAACUCCUACUGAUCCAGACAACAUUUCAGAAGAAAUAUUUCCAAAUGUAUAAACAAACCUGUUAGGAAAUUUGAUUCGAAUUUUAGGGCUAAUCGGCUUUCGAAUAACCGGCCUGAAAAACCUGAAGUUCCGAAACAAGGUUGAUGAGCCCAUGAGACUCGCAACAAGUUGUUCCAUCAAGUCUGAUAAAACCAGGAAGCCGCGGAUGGAUAGGGAUUUGACUGCCUGGAAAAUACAAGUAGAACUUCGACGUUUUAACGAAGGCCCUUCUCUACACUAACUUAUCGGCGAAGGGCCUUCGCUCGAAACGUCGACGUUUUACUUGUAUUUUUCAGGUUGUUGAAUUCUUUCUGGUAUGGCCCAGACCGUUCAAGUGUGUUCACGACUUGUUCCGGACUUGUCACAACAACUGGGAACAAGCUGUGCAAAUACAUCUUGAUAUCGGCGUGACAACAACCUUGUAAAACAUUGUUUGCAGAUCUGUAAGAACGUGCGCAUUUUUACAUAUGUAUUUAUAAUAUAGCAUUUGUAAAUUCUGAACGCUGAUUGGCUAAGAGCCGUGUUGAUAUAACUCCAUGUCAACACGGGAAAUUUUCCGCCGCUUGUAACACGGAAAUUUUUCUUAUUCUUCGGGCUUUUGACAUUGCUAUAUUAUAAAACAAAUAUAAAACAUUUAUUCCGUAUUGAUAUAUAGUUAUAUCAACACUCGUGGAAGUUGGGAAAACUCGAAAUUGUGUGAAAACACUCCGCCCUUCGGGCGUCGUGUUUCCACACAAUUUCUCGUUUUCCCAAUUUCCACUCGUGUUGAUAUAACUGUACAUCAACACGGAAAAUGUUUUAUAUUUGUUAAAUAUAUAAGGUCCCUUAUAUCAGAAGACCAUAGUAAGACAUGCACAUUUUACGAUUUUCUGAAUUAAUUAUUAAUACAUCUUUUUUGUUGUUAUAGCAACUCAACUUUCUCAAGCAGCAUAUUUCGCUCUACAACCUCCUUACAUCGUGUUUGGUCUUGGGAGGACACCGAACUUUGUGGAGGAAUUGAUCGUAGGUUUACCACGAAGUCGAACAUCGGUAGGUCGUAUCAAACUUGUUUUGCACUGGACCAAUUUGUAUUUUUUCGUAAAUAAAAAUUUCUACAAAAUUUUUCAACACUAUUUUUUUGUUAGCCCAUUCGUGUGCACACGUGGACAUCGAUCAUUCCCAACUCCCAAGUUAUUAUAAUACCCUAUCCUCCUGAUGAUCCUUCAGCGUAAGUUGUUAACAAUAAGAUCCUGUUUACCCUAGUUUACCCUUACAAUAAGAUCCUGUUUACCCUAGUUUACCCUUACAAUAAGAUCCUGUUUACCCUUACAAUAAGAUCCUGUUUACCCUUACAAUAAGAUCCUGUUUACCCUAGUUUACCCUUACAAUAAGAUCCUGUUUACCCUAGUUUACCCUUACAAUAAGAUCCUGUUUACCUUAGUUUAUACCUACUUUAGCAUUUGUUAAAAUUAUAGGCUUAAUGAAUAGGCUUCCUUUGGGUGUUCCUUCCUCAUCAGUUUAUUGACAGUGCUUAGCCACUGCUUCCGAUUGUUCACUUUCCAUAUUUUAACCCAGGUGGACAUCUAUGUUGCUGGUCACUCCUAGCAGACUGUUCUUACUUACGGGAGGUGCUUUACUCGCAACUUGUGUUUUCAUCGCAGCUUUGGUUGGUGUGUUACAUUGGAGAGAGAAGGUACGUGCCUAGGUGGAUCGUAUUAAGUUUGCAUUUUGAGCAUCUUCAGCCAAGAAUUUAUUUCUCUUUAUAGAGGGAAGAUCGCCGAGAGAAACAAGAAGCUGCUCAUAAAUUUCAUUUUGAUGCCAUGUAGUGACAUUAGCAUGCUCAAAAUUCAGGCUGCGAGCAGGCUAAAUAAAAAAUGAGGUUUGGAAAUUAGGAUGGAUGUUAUGGUAUUAGUUUGACUGUCUGGUUCUAUAGCGAAAUCAGGUUAGAAGCUUUGAACAAUAGUGAAGAAGUUGGUUAAAGGACAAGGAUGGAUCCAGCAUGAUCUGGUAUGGGGGAGGGUGCUCUGCCAGCUCUGGUGCAGAGUUGUGUCGGUCACAUGCCCCCCCCCCCCCAUCAACAUAAAUUGCCGAUAUGUGAUUUUGCAUGCGAUGUAAAUUUUGGGGGUCUCCCAGGGGGAUCUGUGUUCCCUUGGAAAUUUUCCCUUUGUUCUCCACAAAGAUUUCACCAUUUUCCCUUGUUUUUCAAGCUUAAUGCGGAUUUCCAUUCAGUGCGAAAUGUCGCACGAUCGAUUUUUUGCGACGCUUUCUUUUGAAAUGUGUGCAGUCGACUACAGCUAAUGAGAUUUGUACUGACUGUUUGUAUUUCGAAAGAAAGCGAACUGAGUGGAAAUCCGUCUUAAUACAGUAUGUUCCCUUGUUCUCUAUCAUUUCUUGGCUUUGUUGAAGUUUGUUCCCGACUGCCUGUGUUCCUAGAAACCCCUGGGGGACCUCCGAGGCCUGUCAUACAAUUAGACCCUGCUUUAUACGUCGAAUUUUGGUCGCGUCGAAUGCAAUUAAGACAAUAGAUAAUGAGAUGAUAAACCUCAUUAAGCUUCAUUAUCUAUUGUUUGAAUUGCAUUCGACGCGACCGAAAUUCGACGUAUGAAACGGGCCUUA